GAGACCUAGUACCAGAAAGACCACUUCUUUAUUUAGCAGCCAGAGGCAACAUCAAGAAUACGAGCAAAGUUCUGAAGCAUCUGAUCCAGAAUUUGACGAGUAUAUGGAUGAAGAGGCAAUAGUUAAACCUGGUGAUUCAUAUCAAAGUGAGGACGAAGAAGAGAUUGAUGCGGAACUCGAAGAAAUGAUGGAAGAAGACGAUGACGAAUAUAUCGAACUUGAUUCGAGAGUGGAGGAAGGAGAGGAAGAAGUUGAACAAGUUGAGGAAGAGGAGACAGAGCAAGCCGAAGAAGAAACUGAACAAGUCGAUGAUAUUGACGCAGAAGAAGACAUAGACGAGUGCGAUGAUGCAACUCCUGUUGACGACGAGGAUGAUUUCGAGAUUGAUGAGGAGGAAGACGAAGAUGAGGAAAUUGAAGAGGAAGAGCGUAGUUAUGAGAGCAAACCAACUACCACCCGACGAACGAGGGGAAGUAGAAAUAUUUCACAACGUGCACCUCAAAAACAAAAACGGCCUAUGAGGCAACAUAAAGCGUCGCCUCAACAUCAGACUAGUAAUUCAAGAAAAAAGUGUAUGUAG